UUCCCCUUCAAUAAAGACCUGCAGAUCCAGCCAGCCAUCAAUGUCCAUUUCAAUGGCCGCAGACUUCCAACAGAGUCUAAACACAAACUUUACCAUCUAUAAUUCUUUGCUUAAAUUAACAUUUUUUACCAUCUAUAAGUAAUCGUUGAUCCAAGUUUUAUCUAGAUUUUAGAUUUUAUUCCCCCAGUUCAUUACUUUCUCUUCUUUAGGUCUACCCCCAAUCCCACGCUUCACUCUCUUUCUCAUCUCUUUUAGCUCAGAUCCCUCUAGUUUAUUUAAAACCCAUUUUGUUUCUACAAGAAUUUAUAUAAUUGUAGAAGAUCCUACGUUGUUACAGCGCGCUCUGCGCCCACUAUACAGCAUCCUGCUACUCAUAAUGGUGGCAACUACUCUCACCGUCCGGGUUAUACUCCAUUAUGGGUCUAUCCAGCUGAAAUAUGACGCCCCACUUUUUAAAAGCCCGGAAAAGCCAGUGUUUAACGCGACUCUUUUGAAAUAUGCUUCGAUUGAUAUUGGUGAAUCACAGUUGAAGCAAGAGAUUGAGGAGUUAUUAGAGGGGAAUUUUCGAAGGCGUGGUCGCCAGAGAUCCUUUUUGUCAUCUAAGAAGUAUAAUAUUGAUGUGAGAAUGAAGCCAGCUAGAGGCAUUUCCGUACAGCUCCGGUCGCCAGAGUUUUAUCGCCUGUGGUUGACUUUUAGGAGGUAUUUGAGUGAUUGGUCCCGAAAUAGAAGGUUUCAGUUAGAUGCAUUGUUGGAGUUGGUGAAUGGAGUUAAGGUUCCGCUUGAUAAAUACAAUGGAAAUAAGGUGUUGGGGAAGAAAUACAUCCCCCCCCCCCCCCCCCCCCUUCUUUUAAACAUGAGCUUUCUUAAGUUUUUUGUCAUGCUUGGGAUGCUAGCACCGACUUUUAUAAGUGAACAGUAUUUUUUACAUCCACUAUAUGAUAUGAUUUAUGAGUACUUGUGA